CGGAGGACCAAGGACUGCAUGACACUGCCGGGCUGCGCAUCGAACUGAUCGGGUCUCAGUGGCACAUGUCCUGCCAAAAGAAACACGCCAGACAUUUGGACAAUUGAAGCCAACACCGUGUCAGAAAGUCCAUAGCAACAACUUAGAUUCGGAAUAUAACACAAUCGUAAAGUAGAUAAACGACUGAUGCGACAAUGACAUCUGUGAGAGAAAUGUCGCCAGGGCGGGAAGAGGCGAUUGAGACUCUCGUCGAUAUGGACCCGCAGGGUGAUUUCUAUCGUGCGACCCGGGUUUUGGUAAGUCUUUAUCGUGUUGAUGCGUACUCAUGGAACGAUCCGGUCCGAGUAUCUUUCUUCUAUUCUUUCGCUCUGUAAAGAUUUCAUCUGCUCGCUAACUCUCUCUCUUCAUUUUCUGUUGAUAACUACGUUCCUGUGUUGCUGAAACCAAUGCCAAUUCUACAGGAGGAAUCAGUCCCGCAAGCUCUUUCAAUGCGACCCAACUUGCUCACCAGAGCAGCCCUGGUCGACCAGGCUUCUGCGCUUUCAAUAUACGAAGUGGAUGACCAAGAAAAAUACGAUUCCCUCUUCGGAAGGAGUCACAAGAACAAUCACACAUCGUCGAACUUCUCUGGCCAGCGACUGCAAACCCCGGAAUUGGAGACAAAAAGAAAUAGGAUUUUUCGCCAUCACUGCAAGAUUUUGGCUGCCAAGAAGAAAAAAAUGGACGCUACAAAUAAAGCUAGUUCCAGUAGUCCAUCACCGCGAUUGGUUGCAGCGUUGAGACGAAUUUACGGGAAGUCUGGUGUUGCUACAGCUGGGAGCGGUGAACAACAAUUCCCUGCCUCCUUCAAGUCGUUGUUGAAUUAUGUCAUGAAUCAUCCCGCUUUUUAUGCAAGUGAAGAAAAGGAGGCGACAAGAGCGGCAAGCUCACCAGCUCCUGCAGGUUGCACAAGCGGAAAGGAAACAGAGUAUACAUUGGAAUCGUUGAUUGCGUAUCUGUGUAAAGAAAGGUCGUCAAUGAACACUUCUCAAUCUUCAGCCACAUUCGAACACGGUUUAUUGAUUACAAUCUUGUCUGUCCUUGUCGAGUACGAAGCUAGGGAUGAAGAAGACCCAGCAUCCAGCAAAAAUAAAAAUCAAGAAGCCUCGACAAAACCCAUUACCCCAGAGCAACAAGGUCAUCAUCACGAUUCGACCAACGAUCCGGCUAUUUUAGCCCCCUUGCAAGUAGGAUCGAUUAUGAAUAUGUUGGAAAUUGACGAAGAAUACGAAGAGAGUAAUGCACGAUCUUGGCUGGUAGACACCAAUCUUAUUUCGUACUUGGGAGAGGCCGCAGCAACUUACGAGGAUCGGAUUGAAAUUCAGAAGGCCCGUCUCUGGAAGCGGUUAUCUAUAGCCAAAGAUAGCGAUGCGAAAAAAAAGGACUCGAUGUUUUCAGAGGGGGAAAUACAAGAAGCUGAUGAUGACUUACCCACUUCCUCACCCACCACUCCGGCUCCAGUAUCGGUUAGCAGCCCUCAGCCGGUAAUAGAUACUCCAGCUACACCAGAUGGAGUGUCAAUCAAUGCAAUUGAAGGAUCUUCUGAGGUUCUCAGCGCAGCUGCCCUUGAGCACAUGAUAUCGGCAGUAACUGGAGGGGCAAUAUCUGCGCAUAGAGAGAAUGGCGAGGAUGAAGACAAUGCUGGGAGUAUAAGAUCUGGCAGUGAUAAUCAUGAUAUGGGUUUUAGGGUAGAAGAUGAACCCGGAGCCCAGGAAUUGAUGAUUGUAAAUGAUAUAGACGACGAAGCUGAAGACAACUUAGAAGAGCACGCUUCUUCGUGUUCAUCUUCGUCUUGUUCUUCAUCAUCCGGUUCUGCUGCAGAACCUGAGAAUGAAGACAACGAGGAUGAAAUCGAGGAUGAUGGCGAGGAAGACGGCAUCACACUGCGACAAGCAUUGGCUCUCAGUAUGUUGGAAUCAGCAGACUCGUAUUCGAAUCAAAUCAAUGUAUCCACAAAUGACGCKGAAACAGGUUCUGUCACCGAAAAUAUGGGUCCUUUGACUCCAGUUACCAAGACUCCGCUUUCGAAGGACAAGAAUGAAAUCUAUCCAGAGAGCGAGGAAAGUCCUUUGCCAGCUAUGCCUACCCCUCCAACUCUCAGCACAAAUACUGACGAUAUUGAUGACUUGAUGAAUACGGAUUCGAAACAAUUAGACCCGGCUGCUUUAAAUGCUUUUGGUUCUAUUCCAGCUGCAAAUGUUGUUGUCCAGUUGUUGACGCACAUGAAUUGUGUAAUGGGACGUCGUAAGUUCACGACGAGUGACGAGCGCUCAUCGAAGAUUGAAAACAAAACCACCAAUGUCAAUGUAACUUCAGGUGGAACAGGAUCGUCCUUAUUUGCCCCAAAAAUUUUACCCGCCCAGGCGGAAGUGUCAAAGGAGAGGCCAAGUGAUGAUGUUGCCACAUCGUUACAGCUGUUGGUUUCUAUAUUCUUGCUGACAAUUGACAUUAGAAAUGACGCCAUUGAAAAUCUUAAGCGAGCGGUUGCACAGGAAAAACAAUCAUCGUAUGACGAUAUUGAUGAAAGAAGCAGUGAAGAAGGUGACGACCCUGCUAUUGCACUGGCGUAUAUCGAAGAAGAGAGUUCAGACUCGAAGCCAUCCCUGGAAACCCUAGAAGAUAAAGGGAUGAGAAGAAAGGCUGCUGCUGCUGCACAGGAUGCCGCAGCUCUAUUGAAGUCUCGACGCCAUAGGACAAAUACAUGGAAGAAACAAGCCGAAUUAUUUUCUUUAUGCUGCUUUUUGUCGAUGGAAAGUCUUCGUCGGUUCUUGCAAGGUGUAACCAGAGACUGGUUGCGGGGACAUAAAGGAGUAUCAGCAGCCGAUUGUCACAAAUUAUUGCCGACCAGCGUUAUCUCUAAACUAUCAAUCGGUCUUGCUUCACUGUCAUCAAUUGGAAUCAUAAAUUCGCUCCAUGCUCUUUUUGAUGAUAAUGGUCUUGAAUUGAACGACACAGAGUCCGUUUUUCUGCACACUAAACUUUACAAGAGCUCUAUUUUGCUCUGGGGUGAAAGUGUACCUAUCGUAUACCCGUCACUAUCUGCACAAAUUGAGGUGUUGCGGUCUUUGCUUGUGGAGUGCUCCUCAAAAAACAAUCAGGGCUCAAUACAAAAUCGAUUACUGGAUAAUCUGACGUCGCUGCCUCUUUCAGAUUCUGAACCUUCAAUCCAUAGAUUGCAGACUUUAAGUCGACGUUUGCGGGUCAGUGAUUUACUCGACCGCUUUGUGUCCGGACCAACGCGUAUGCCCGCAGACGGAGCUGGAUCAGAAAACGAUGCGGGAGGGGAUUUGAUCGAAAUCAGGGAGCCCAGCUGUGCACGGGCUGUAAUUGAUGAAAUUGGAUCUACUUCUAUUUUAUCAACAGGCUUAAAGCGGGAGCUCCAAGCUAUUUACCUUGCGUUGUGUCACCGAUAUCACGUACGUGUUUUGUUAUGGGAUGGUCUUGGAACCUCUACCGAUAGAGAAGUUAUCGACUCUUCUACAUCUUUGACUAGUUCUUCAGCCGAGACGUUUCGUGUUUACCAAAGUGAGUCCAACAGGAUUCAAUUUGACGGGACCAAAUGCUCAGAUAGUAUGACAAUUGUAGCCAAUCAAGACGCCGUAGGUUCUUCAUUGCCUUUUUCCUCAGUGAAUCAACGAGCGUCGAAGGUAUGGGGAACAGUACUAUCAUCUACAGCAUUUACGCCCAAAACUGGGAUUUAUCGAUGGGCAAUUCGGCUUGACCAAUGCGACCGAGGCCAUGUGUUUAUUGGCGUUGCCACCGCGCAGGCAAGUAUGCGGACCUAUGUUGGCGGCGAUAAGUAUGGGUGGGGAAUGAUCGGGACGCAGGCUCUGUGGCACGACCGCCGAAAAGUUCGUGGCGAUUACGGUGCAACGUUUCGAACUGGAUCAACAAUCAUUGUCACGUUAGACACUGAUGCCGGAACUAUUGCCUAUAGUUCAUGGAAGGACAAUUCAUCAACCAGCUCCUACUCUAUCGAUCAAAUGGUCCAAAAUAUAUCGUCGCCUCGUCGUCAUGGACAAGGAGUUGGAAUGGUCGAGGAUUGGGGUAUAGCAUUUGAGGGAUUACCUCUCAAUGCGAAGCUUUACCCAGCUGUUGGUCUUUAUCAAAGGGACGACAAAGUGACAUUCCUGUCUGUAGAGACAAUAGAUGGUUGUCGUGGCGGAACUGGGGGUUUAUCUGAUUCAACAGUGGGCCUUUGUUACUAUCCGUUUUCGUCCGUUCAAUCAGAUACUAAGAACGAAAUGGUUCCGUUCGAAGACAAGGUGCGGUCUUUCAAUGACAAAGUUCAAUUGGAUGGAAUGCAAUAUGUGAUAAAUUCACUUGAUCGCAUUGUUCGGAGCGUUCGAGAAGGAACGGACGACUUCCUAUGGAAGUCCCUAUUACCAAGUUUAGCAUCUGCAAUAUGCCUUUUUCCUCGUUCGAUACCAGUUAUUUCGAAGCGCUUUGGUUUCACCUUGUUUCAUGAAUUAUCGAAAGCAAUUUUAGAGCUGAACACCUUGAAAAAUACCGACUGUAUAUCAAGAGGACUUUUUCACAAAGGUGUCCAAGAAGGAAAAUGGAUCAUUCGAGCGACAGGAUCAUCGGGAUCAAACUCAGAUGCCGAAGAGUACGUAGUCGAUGUAGUGGCCUCAUCUGAAAAAGAUGCUUGCAUGGGAUUUGAAGGAGCAGGUGUUGGAACAAUAGGGAAAUCGAAGAACGGUCUUGUCGCGAUAGUCGGUACCGUCAAAGGCUCUUCGGUUCAUUUCGUUGAAGAAUGGAGAGAUGCAAAUGAUGAUGGUUUUUCUUCGAUCACCACCGAGGAUUCGUGUUCUUCUUGUGUGGUGAAUGCAAGAGUGAAUAUUGAUGGAACCAAGUUUGAAGGGACUUACCAUAACAUUCAAUAUGGCACCACUGGUACUAUUGCGGGUUUACUAUGCCACGAGGAAUCACCGAAAGCUCCACUGUUCCAUUCGAGAGAAACAACCGCCCGGAGUACUGACUUUUCCUAUGGGGGAACGGCAGGAAGGGUUUUACUUCGUCUCGCUCAUGGGCAUUUAGCUGUUAUAAUUGGAGAGGAUUUAGUGGACGACAACCCGCAGAGUGUAGAUAGACAACUUGGCUCGAAAGCUGUACAAGAAGAGUGGAAAGUCCAAUCCCGCAAAUUGAGGGAAUGUAUAGUCUCAAAAACUUUCGCUGGCGCCUCACUAACCUCAAGCAAAGAUCACAUCUCGGAACAUAUUAAGGACUUGAAAGAAAUCUACUACGGAUCACAAGCUUGUCGAAGUCAUAAUUUUUCGCGAGCACUAGAUCUGCUGAUAGAAGACACGUGCUCGUCAACGGUCACCAAGACAAACUCUCCCUUAUUGGCAAAAGAAACAGUCAGCUACGUGGAGACCAUGGACGCUGAGAUGUGCUCCAAAUUUUGUGGUACUGGUUCACUUGCUGCUCUAUGUCCGAGGGAGUAUCGUCAUGCACGUCACCGAGUAAUAUGUGCGAUCGUGGCCCAUCUCAGGAAAGGACUCAACAAGGCCAAUGACACCGAUUUGAAAAAGAUUUGGAAAUGGUCAUUAAGGUUGAUGGAAGACGGAGUUCGGCGUGCACUAUCGAAGAACCAUGAUAUACCGAUGAGGGAGAAGGCUAGGAAAUGCUGCGAACUAUUUUCCAACGUUUCAGAAUUACUCAUCAGCCUCGAUGCAUCUCAUUCAACUGAAGAAUUUAUUGAUGUGGAUACGAUAGGAACCGACUUCUCGAGACUGUUCAAGCUUAUCUCGUCAAUGAAAGACCUCGAUUUACUAGAAGAAGAGUUUCGCCGAUCGACGAGAAAUACGAUUUUGCGACUGAUCCCGAUACAACACGUUUUUACUCUUCUUGAAGUGCCUUCCCAUUGUUCUGAUGCCGUCGAGUCUUCGCUUGUAGUAGUUCCGAGGUUGCUUGACCGAGGUCGUUCGGGGUCACAAACACAAUCAGAAUGCAAUUAUUUAUACGACCAACUAGGUUGCCACUACUCAUCGAAUACCUCUGGUGGAUCCAGUAUCCUUCGCAAAUUGCUUCAAGACCGUGUCCAUGAACUCCUAAAUGUUAUUUGUGGGUUGAUGAAAGGCGCUAUAGAACGAAGGAAACAAGACGGUCCUUCUGCAUCCCUUGUUUCAAUCGAUUCAUUGACAUUGGCUUGCAUCCCUUGUUUGACGGUAGUACUGCGGAGGGCUGACGUUGGACCUUUUGUGCUGCACAGUAAAUUGUUGGGUACUAUUCCUUUAUUUUUGAACACCCACAGGUCAUGCCUAGCGCCAUACGAUACGACGACACCUUUGGUAGACGAGCAAAGUUCAGUCAUCCAGAGUUUGCAUAACAUCUGUCACGCCGAAGUUUCAAGAGCUAUACUACGGGCCAUUGUAGCUUUGAUGCACGUCAUAUCAUUUCAAGCGUGGAAUAUGCUUGGUAGUAAAUCUGGAUCAGAAGAAGAGUUAUCUUCAUCAUGUCUUGAAGUUCUUUUUGAUGAGUUUCACAAUUUGAAACCACUUGUUCUGGAUGCUGUGAAAAAGUCUACAACUGACAGAAGAAAUAGCCAGAGUAAGAUUCAGUGGGAAAGGUUUUGCGAGGAACGAACCAGUGCUGAUUCAGUACAGAAGACUCUAACGAAAACAACGGCAUACCACCAUGAAGUUGGUAGGUCGGGUGCCACUUUCCUUCGAAAGAAUGGUGCACUGCUGAUGAUCCAGCCAAGCAGUCCGUCAAACGCCUCGGGAACACGCAGACGUACUUCAUCCCAAAACACAUCUGAGACAUUCGUUAAAGCGCAAGGCUUAUUGAUUCCUCAGUAUGUUUCACACUGGGUACACAUUCUGGUUGCGUCGGUCGGUUCCACAAUUGCGCUAGAUAUGAUUGCACAACACCCUGAAUGGAUUGCCAUCCUUCUCGAUACCAUUGAGAUAAAAAAUGAAGCGAGGCACGAAGGAAAAGCAUUCGAUCCAAAAAUAGAUGACCAAUCGACUCGAAUGCCUGCCAGGUACAGAUGCCGCAUCCUGCGUCUUCUGUAUCGAAUACUUGAAAUAUUGCCACCUUCAGAACACAUCAUCAGAAAUCUAUUGUACCUCGCUGGCUCAAGUUGUGGCACAGUCACUUCGAGUAUAGACGAAGACGAAGCGAUGGUUUCGCAGGAGACAGUAUCACUGCUUCGACGUCUCUAUUCUCCAGCGCAUGCUUCUUGGCGAGCAUGCAUCAAUAGUGCAUUGUACAGAGUUCUUGCGACAGAACCUGAUUCUUUAGAAUUUUACGCCAGGGUUGGUGCACUAUGUUUUUUAAAUGGUUCAAUUGACUCAAUCAAGAAAGGGUCGCGCGUGCUGUUGAAGCCACCUGCAGCAGCCCCCUUAUCAGCAGACCGGCAGUCUUUAUCAAAUAGCAAGAGUCACUCAAGCGCAUUCUCUCUGGUGAACUCUUCGCCUCACCACUUGGUAGGUAACGGCACUGAAGGGAUUGUUGCAGGCCUUUGUCGCUAUCAAUCUUCUGCUGGUAUAGUGAGUAAUAUUGACGCAAAGAAUGGUGUCUGCGAAGUGAUUCUGUUGAGUAGAAAGAAUACCAACCUUCAGCAUUCAAUCGAACAAAGAUCCAUGAAUUCACGACAUGGAUUGACAGUUCGAGCUCUGCGAAGUCCAAUGACAGAUGUUGUCCAGGCUCAAGAAGUUCCUAUUUGUAUCGACGACUCAAUAGAGGUUGGAAAGAUCGUGUCCAGUCUUCUGGCGGAAUCUCUUGGAAUUUUACAGCGGGAGCGAUUCAGCCCAAAACGGAAGGAUGAGCCAACUCAUUUAUGUGAUGUUCGCUCUCGUACGGUCUAUUUGAUGUACGCGCUUAUGUCAUUGAGAUCUACAAUCACACUUCUCUCUGAUGAGAAUAUCGUGUCAAACUUUCUGAAAGGUACCAAUUCACGCAACGUUCUCGCCAAAGCUCUUCAACUUGCAUUUCCUGACGACAAGUCAUCAGAAGAAUACAACGACUUGAUGGCAGGAGCAAAUGAUGUAUUCCUUUCAUCGUUUCCGAUACUUGAAGUUCGAUUGUUACAUGUGCUAUCUCUUUUUCAUCGCCUUUGCUUAGAAGCCAGUGUUCUCGAAGAGACCCCAAAAAUGACAUGGGAGAAACGUUUGAAUGAUAUUAAGAGAAUAAUGGAACGAGAAUUUACGAAGAGUGAUGACGAGGGCAUAGACGACGAUUCUAUGACUGAACACACUAGAGUUGGCAAAAUCUCCGAGGUUCAAUCUGCAGCAUCUGCGGGUGUUAGACCCUCUGCCAACACUUCUGGAAGAACCGAGGCAUCGGGCAAUCGUAGGGCAUCCCAAUCCACAGCUGCGAGCGACCAAAGCGAAGAGGACGAAGAAAGUGAAGAAGCUGCUACCGCUGCCGCUCAUUUGCGAGAGGCAGCAAUAGCUCAAAUGGCUGAACUAGGGUUGCCUAGGUCUUGGUCUGAAUUGGCAUUACGAAGAACAGGCGGCACAAAUAUCGAGGCUGCCGUUCAUUUUUGCUUAGAACGUGGUGGAGAGAUGGAACGGCUUUUGGCCGAAGAACGAGAACGGGAGCGACAAUCCUCUGGAACAAGAUCUAGCAGACAACGAGCUAGUCGUAUGGAAGCUUCGAGCCAUUUCCUUCGUCAACUAACGGAAAUGGGAUUUCCCAGUCGAUGGUGUGCUGAAGCACUUAAUGCCACAGGAAACAAUGUUGACGAAGCCUUGACUUGGAUAUUAACGAAUGGUGAGAGACUUAGCGCAGAAGACGAAGGGAUGGAAGAAGACGACGAUGAAGAGGACGAAGAAGACGUUGACGGCGAUGAUGAUGAUGAUGAUGAUGACGAUGACGAAGAUGAAGAUAGCGAGGUAUCGAAUGAUCCGGAUCAAUCCACUUAUGAUAAAGAACGGUUCAUGACAUCCAUUGGCGAUGCGGGUGAAAACAGGUGCAAUUUGGUCGAGAAAGAAGGAUGGGAAGGCUCUAUCAUUCCCCUCAGGUUCAUAUCAGGGCGCUCAAUAAUUGAUCAAAAGACUUUGACGGUUUCCGGUUUGCCAACGGGAGGUUUCUCCUCAGUGGGAUCCAAAGGUGUGAUGCUUACAUCAGGAAAGUGGUAUUACGAAGCGAUUCUCGAAACAGCUGGCUGUCUUCAAAUUGGGUGGGCAGAUGGAAGUUUUGCCGGGCAUUGUCAUUCCGAUCGUGGUGAUGGAUGCGGUGAUGGGCCAAGCUCCUGGGCGUAUGAUGGGUGGAGAAGAUACCGUUGGCACUCAAUGGCUACAGAAUGGGGCUGUCGCUGGGCCGAAGGAGACGUGGUCGGUUGCUUAGUUGAUAUGGACGAAGGUACAGUAUCGUUUACAUUGAAUGGAAAAGCUGAAGAAAUAGGGAUGGGCGUUGCCUUUUCAGGUCAAGGAUUCCGUCCCUGUGGAGGAGUUUAUGCAUGCGUAAGCUUUAACAGAAGGGAGAAACUUCGACUAAUUUUUGGUGGAUCUGGAAGUGCCGCUUUCAAAUACCCUCCCCCAGUCGGAUACCGUGGGGUCGGGGAAGCAGUGCUCGAACGAGUCCAAGAAAGAGAAGCAUUAGUGUCAAAAGAAUCAGUACUCGGGGCAGAAGUUGAAGAUGCAUGUAAAAAACGAUUCUUAUGCGAUUUUUCAGACGGAGAGCAUGGCCACGAGUUAAUGGCUUGGAAUCAUCGAUAUUAUGGCUCUGAAGCCUCUGUCCAUUUAGGGUCGGGGCGCUCAAAACAUUCGAGCUCUAAUCCAAAAAGUUCCUCGUCCUUGAAGUCAACAGAGAACAUUGCAGCGUAUUGUGUAGCACGACGUCUUAGGACAGAGUGGGCGAGAUGUGGGUCUUUGAUUUGUUCUGCCGAAGGAGAGAACGAAAAUCCAAUCAACGAGAUAAAACUAGCGGAAGAAAUGGCAGAUGGCCUUCGUUUGGCUGGCGUUGAAAUGCACAAGCAGAUGUUAACAGAAGGAAUGCUCCUGUCUUCGUUGAUUACCCGAAAAUUGUUACUACACGUUGUCAUCGUAGCAGGGGACAAUUUUGACCCCGAGACGUUUUUGGAAUCGGAUGAAAGUAAGGAAAACAGCAUUCUUCGUUUUUGGAAGAUGGUCGAAUCCAGUGCGAGUUUACGCUCUGCUGGUUGGAUUGGAGAGGCUGGUGCCAUGGCAAUAACUGCGGAGGCAUUAGGUUUAGGAAUAUCAAGCACCGAAAGUCUUCAGUCUCGGCUGUCGACUGUAGAAAGAGCUGGUUUUGUUUCUGUUGGUGAUCUUGACGAGGGAGUAAUGCUUCCAGCCGGAAGUAUCAUCCAAGUCCUAAGUUCAGUUAUAGACUGGGAUACAGACAAAGAUAUAAGAGCAUCGACAGGUAGCUCUCUUGUUGCAAGCGCUGAAGCUGCACUAGGUAGUGGCGGCGGCGGUGGUGUUUUGACUUUCUUACUGAAAGGCUUGCAAUCAUCAGUUAUAAAAUCAAAAGAAUUUCGACAGGUUGUAGUUGCAUGUAUCAGGCGUUCGGUAAGGCAACUAGCUGUUGUUGAAUAUGAAAAUGAUGAUUCUACUUCCCCCGAAGACGAGAAAGAUGACGAGGAUUUGGGUGAGAGGAAGACAAAAACUGAAAAGGAUGGAGGGUCGUAUCCUGAUGCCCGCUUAGUUUCAUUUUUGACCGGGCUUUUGUUGAGCACACCUGUCGCAAAUGAUAUUGAUGAUUUCAUCGACAUUCAGACUGAAUUGUUUGAGGCUUGGAGCAUAGGUUUACUUUCAGCAUCGCUUCCGUGGAGAAUGAUCUGCGCCUUGACAGCUGCUGGUAUAUUGAACCAGUGUCCAAGAGCUCUGUCAGAAGUGGUAAAAUCUACUUCGACUUUGUCAUGUUAUUACGCACGCCUUCGGAGCACAGUAUCGCGCAGAUUAUGGGCGGAAAGAGCCGCAGUUCCUGUUUGCUCUCGAUAUUCUCAAGCAAUGGUAGAACUUCUUUGCAGUGUCACUCGGGCAGUAGCGAAGGAAGACGUCGUUCUACCCAUCUCAUUCCUUACCACGUGGGAUAAAACCGAAAUGGAUGCUGCGACACCCCUUCCCCUGCCCAGUACACAUACGGGUUGCGACUGGGAGGUUCAAGACGGUUGGGUUUCGAGUGACCGGGGUUGGGAAAUAUGGACCGGUACGAUGAAACGAUUUGCCGUUGACUGGGAAACCCCAUCGCGAUCAGCUGUUCGUACAUUGAUGGAAGGCGGAGACGGACCCCCGAUGCUCCGAGAAGGAUGUAUUGUAAUUCGAGGAAUGGAUUGGGAUGAAUCAAAAUAUGGGAACGGUGAUGGAAAAGAUUUAUAUGAACGCGAAAAAGAGAAACGCGGAGAAGAAAAGAAGAAAAGUGAAAAACCACCGAAACCUGGCGAACAACCACAAGUUGACAGCCAUGUCAAUAUAGAAGAGAAGAGCGAUCCCAUAGAAAUUGGAACAGAGGAGAAUUCAAAUCCCAUGACCAAGGAAGGCGAAUCGGGAACAAAGGAAGUGUCAGGAAAGAAGAAAAAACAUCCAAGCCUAAAAUUGCCGAUUGGAACAGUUCUUUCGAUCGAACCGUGGAACGGCAUUCCUGGGAUGGCUCGAAGGGUGAGAUGGCACACCACUGGUACUGAAGGUAUUUAUCGAUAUGGGGGAGAUGGUGGAUGCUACGAUAUUAGCCAUAUCGAGGUCAAUGAGAGGGAGACACGCAUCCGAAAACGGCAUCCAUUACCGGAAAGUGCAGAGCAAUGUGCAUCGCGGCACGGAUUCGGCGUAGAAAAAUCGCAGAGCAUUUUGCUUCGAUUGCGGCCUUCGACAAAAACAUCUAUUGAGGAUGGGACAAAUCUAAUCAAAAGGGACGGAAUACUAGAAUUGCCCGAGUUUUCAUCCGGGAUCUAUGUUUCCUGCGUGUUCAAGCCAGAUGGAUCAUUUGUGUUGGAAGAAAAGCAUCUAUUGUACGGAUCAAAAGACUCUGGUUGGCAUGCUAGGUUUGGAAAACCGUCCUAUGUUGCAGGUACUGUAACAGAACUUAGUCCUUCCUCUUCUGAAGAGGAACUGUCGCAAGCUAAGAUUGACAACAAAUUUUCGAAUCAAUCAUUAUUUCAGGAAUACACUGGCACCUCAGUGCACAACGUGGAAUACCUAAGGAAUCGUGAAAAUGGAAGCCAAAUCCAGGUGAAAAGUGAGUUGCGUAUUUCUCGUGGGCGACGUGAUUCUAUCGAAGAUUCACCGCUCGGGUCUUUCACAGAAACGUCGAUGCCUUCUCCAAUUCGUUUUGAUCGAGAUUUCCAUGCAUCUUCCCUCUCAUUAUCGCGUGAUAAUAGGACGCUAUCCUGUGGAUCAUCGGAUGGGAGAGGGACUGCAUUCGGAAAUAUUGGAUUCUCGAAGGGUGUGCAUUAUUGGGAGGUAAAACUUGAACAAGCAGAAAUUGGAAGCGUUUUCAUUGGUGUUGCCGAGAAACCAAAUGAAAAUGGUUCAGGGUCCUCGCAUGCCCAUGAUAGUCCACCGCGCUUAAAUAAAUGGCACGGGUGGGGUUUUGUGAAUUUCAGGGCAACAUACACAGCAGGGUCCGAACGGAUAUACGGAGCACACUGUCAUUCGGGUGAUGUCAUUGGUGUGCUGCUUGAUUGUGACUCCGGUCGAAUUAGCUUUUUCUACGACGGGCUCAAAUAUGGUGAACAUAUCCUCAACGAUUUAGGGUGCGCAUUCGAAAAUAUUUCUCCUUUUGGGUUUAAUGUUGAUGGAUGCGGUAGUGGUGGUGCAGGUCAAAAUGCACCUAGCGGUAUUGAAGGAGGUCGGAGUGGAAGGUAUGUUGCUCAAGGUUCCGUGAGGCCAAGAACUCUUUGGCCUGUUGUCGGCCUUAAAAAUCAAGGUGACCGAGUGAGUUUUUCACCGAAAUGGAGCUCGAGCUAUGGUGUCGAUAGCGCAUCUACGGUACGAAAUAUUCUCGCAACAGACGAAAUUAUAAAUUGUGUUUCGAAGGCUUCAGAGAUGCCAAAGAAUGUGCAUACGGGAACAAAGGCUAGAUUUCCUCGUUGGUUCAUCAAUGAAGCCUUCAACGAAUACGCACGUUGGCGUUUGAAUUCUUGGUGUAGAGCAAACACUCGUGAAAAUGGACCAUUUUCUUUGACAACUUUUGGUCUCGACAUCGAGCUAGAUUCUUCUCCAUUAGCCUGCGCCUCCGCAAGUGCACUCCUCGGUUUGAACCAUGCGCUUCUAUCUGGCGACCGCGUUCGUCUGAAAAGAAGUGCUGGUCGAAUUCUUGAACUUGCUGAGGAAGCUGUCGUUCUGGGCGCAUAUCAAGGCAGACUCUAUUACAAGAUUGUGUCGCAGAAGAGCGAAGGAGGGAGUCUAACAGAGGGGGGUGGGCGUGCUUGGUUCUGGGAUGAAAGUGAAGUUGUGGAUGGACUGGAAUUAAUAAAUGGUUCAAAGGCAAAUGAUAUCGUGUUGCCUCUAAUGGACCGUUUUCGAUGUACCUCAUCCGGAGGUUUGAAAGUAGUUUACGAGGAUGGGGCAGUUAUUCGGUCAGAUCUUGAAAUAUUCGAAGGGUCACUGAAUUUGGGAUCCAUACCGGUCGGGACAGUCAUACCCAAGGUUGAUAUCCUCGAGAGGCGCGUCAAUGCAUGCGGUGUAAUUCGUUAUCACAUACGCUUUGAAGAAUUCGAAGGUUGGAUUAGCUCAAAAAUUCGUGGAGGGGAAGAAGAACCUAUUGUGAUUCCGAAUUUUCUGCCGGAAGAAGAACAGGACGAGACAGAGAAACGCUUUUCAACAUCGAGAGAGUGUGCAUUGGAAUGGCAGAAAACUUACCAAGACACUAUCGCCAGUCAAGAUAGAGGAACGAUUGAUUUUGCAAUUGAAAGUAUUGCUUCUUUUGAAAGCUUCGCUACUGAAGGAAUCAUAGAUGGAUAUUCUGAAGUCUCUUCUGAUGCUUUCCUCGCCCGCACAGUCAGUGUUAUCUGCGACUUUUGUGAAGGGGGAAGUCCUUUAGAUGCUCCUUUUCAUGAGGUUGCAUCUGCCAUUCGGUACGCAAUUUCCUCUUUUCAUGAUAGGGCCUUCGAUGGAAAGAUUUUCAGUUGUUUGCAAGCAAAUCGGGCUGCCUCGACUGCCUUCGAAUUGUUGGGAGUGCAAAAGCUACCUAGUGUGCAGUCUAUCAUGGCACGCAUCGCUAUGCUAAGGGCAUUCAAUAGACGUGCUCGAAUUGCUCUCCCGUGGCUGUCUGUUCGUCCUUGUCAAGAGGGUUCGGCGAUUCUAGGCGGAGUGUAUGGCUACGGUGCUUCAAUCGACCGUGCACGUCGAGGUUCAAGCAAGGAGUCUCUGUCACAAUGGGUACAACUCCCUUCAACAGCAAAAGGUAUGCGUGAUGUGCGUGGUAUGUUGUUUACCUCAGUCAAACAAGAUCUCUUGCGAAGUAUUACAGAAGCUACUACUACCCCAACUCCAAUCUCCCAUGACGAAUAUGAGCUUCCUAGAGAAAUUAGAACAGUUCGGAUUAAUCGGCUAAGAGCUCGUCGAGUUAUGUCUUCAGACAACGUGGAAACCAAACGAAAAUACAGUGUCUUCUCCCAACUCCAAGAAGAGACGAAGGCGUGGGGCGGAUCUGCAUUUAGGAGAGGAUUUGUAGCGAAGGGGCAUGGUGGGCAGAAACGAGCAUUUAAGAUGAAGUUAAUCGGUGAAGGAGUGAAUGAUUAUUCAGGGCCGUAUCGGGAAGCUUUUGCUGAUGCGAUCUGCGAAAUCCUCCAGGUUGAUGCAGAUGGAAACGGCAGCCUCGGCGUGCUAGAUCCAACUCCGAAUAAUGUGUCUGAUAUCGGAGAAAACAGAGCGUUGUACAUGUUUUCUCUGAACAAAAAUGAUCCUUCCAAAAUUGCCACGGUGAAAAAAACGAUGACACGUACAGAGAGAUCCAUACGAUCAGCCUUUUCUACUCUUAUAACUGCAGGGGAUGAAUCUUCUCGACAGGUCGAAGAAGCGCUUGUUUUCUUGGGUAGAUUAGCUGGAACGGCGUUCCGCCAUGGCAUUCCAUUAGACCUACCGCUUCCUUUGGAAUCGGUUUGGAAAGCGAUGGUCGAAGAGGAUUGUAAAGUUGAUGAAUUGAAAGAAAUAGAUUUUCUUGCAUACCAGCAGCAUGGUUGUGAAGAAGAAUCGAUGUUACUAUCGUGGCAACGUAGAAUGUUGAACUCAUUCAUUGAUGGUAUCUCAAGUGUUUUACCCGUGGAAAUAUUCUCUAUUUUUACUGGUGAAGAGUUGAGGGAUAUGUUUUGCGGAAAUCCUGAUAUUGAUGUCGAUAUGCUACGAAAGGUUGUUGAGUACGAGGGGUACACUGAAUCAGAUCAAGUCAUACAAUCCUUUUGGGAAAUCCUUCGGGAAUUGACAAACGAAGAACGGAAGCGCUUCUUACAAUUUGUAUGGGCACGUAAUCGUCUACCCUUGAAAGAGUCCGAUUUCGAUGCACCAUUCAAAAUACAGAAGGACAACGGCAACGAUGGAGACCAAGCGCUUCCAAGUGCCAGCACAUGCUUUUUCUCGUUGUCGCUUCCGGCGUAUAGAAGCAAGGAGCAACUCAGAGAAAAAUUACUUUUUGCCAUAAACAACGUGACCACUAUGGAGACUGAUUUUCAGACAAAUAGUGCUGAAAUUUCCGAAGGCUACAAAGAAGUUUGAAUUCUUUUCUUUGAGCAAACGAAUAGCACCCUUAAUUAUAUUCAUGAAAAAUCAGAUACAAUUGGAGUUCAUUCUUGAUCCCGCGAUGUUGCGUGUUACUUUCCAUUGAAAACUGCCUCUUGAUGAGUCAGGGGAUUGCCUACGUGCUUGCCUAAUCACGCUUACAUCGAGCAAUAAAUAUCGUAUGCAACUCGUACUACAAUACUCAUUAAAAAC